AUGCCCACGCCAGAUUACCCUCGAAAGAUCGAGCUCCAAUCGCCCGCAGACUUUACAUACCUCUUUGCCAAUGUAACUAAUCUCGCCCGCGAAAAGCUCGACCUGCACCUGCCCCUUUCCGCCACCAACAAUGAGACGCCGGAUCCUAUGCGCGAACGCGUAAGGGAGCUGGUUGACGAGUACAUAGCACGCACCUUCACCACGGCGUCCGCAUCGAUCAGUAUCAACGGGCUCGAUUCUUCAUCCCCGCAGUUCCCAUUCCCGGAGGCCUUUACCGCGCCAGAGACGGUGGAAUAUGAAGCCUAUGAUGCGGAGCUCGCCUCGCGUGUGACGGCGCUAUACGCUCAGCUGGAAUCGCUCACUACGACCGUUGCACAAUUGAGACGGGAUGCGCCGCGGCGUGCAGCUCGGGACUAUGGGGCUGAGCUGGCGAGGGUAAUCCAAGAAGAAGAUGAGGCGGGCCUGGAUGAUGGACUUGAUAAGGAGAGUACACAAGAACAUGAAGAUGGGGGCCGAAUGGAUGAGACGGCGGAUGGGGAAGAAACGAGUCGGAAUGAGGAGAAUAAUACCGAGGCACAACCGCGACGGACGAAAGCUCGGCGUGGGCCGGAUCCUGCGUGGACAUUGGAGGUUCCCCUUGGGACAGAUGCGGAGGCGGAGCGGUGGCGGAGCGGAGAAAUGGCGGAAGUCUAUGAGAAGACGUUGCGGACACUUCAGCGGUUACAAGGCGACGCGGACAUGGAGGAUAGUGCCGAGGGCAAUGCAUUGGCUACGACAGUGGGCAAGGCCGAAAGGGCGGGUAGAGCAGCGGAUGUGGUGGAGCAAAUGUGA